AUGAAUAGACGAAACGACACAAACAAAUCUACAACUGCAACUCCACUUAAAACUACUGCCUCUUCUACAGAAACGACACAAAAAACUGAGUCAACAAACUCACCUACAACUGAACCUCCACUUCCAACUACUGCCUCUUUUACAGAAACGACACGAAUAACUGAACUUACAACUGUGGUUACGACAAACUCACCUACAACUGAACCUGCACUUCCAACUACUGCCUCUUCUACGGAAACGGCACAAACAACUGAACCUACAAAUGUGGUUACAACAGCCUCACCUACAACUGCAACUCCACUUCCAACUACUGCCUCUUCUACGGAAACGACACAAGCAACUGAAUCAACAACUGUGGUUACGACAACCGCACCUACAACUGAAUCUCCACUUCCAACUACUGCCUCUUCUACGGAAACGACACAAGCAACUGAAUCAACAACUGUGGUUACGACAACCGCACCUACAACUGAAUCUCCACUUCCAACUACUGCCUCUUCUACGGAAACGACACAAGCAACUGAAUCAACAACUGUGGUUACGACAACCGCACCUACAACUGAAUCUCCACUUCCAACUACUGCCUCUUCUACGGAAACGACACAAGCAACUGAAUCAACAACUGUGGUUACGACAACCGCACCUACAACUGAAUCUCCACUUCCAACUACUGCCUCUUCUACGGAAACGACACAAGCAACUGAAUCAACAACUGUGGUUACGACAACCGCACCUACAACUGAAUCUCCACUUCCAACUACUGCCUCUUCUACGGAAACGACACAAGCAACUGAAUCAACAACUGUGGUUACGACAACCGCACCUACAACUGAAUCUCCACUUCCAACUACUGCCUCUUCUACAGAAACGACACAAACAACUGAAUCAACAAACUCACCUACAACUGAAACUCCACUUCCAACUACUGCCUCUUCUACAGAAACGACACGAAUAACUGAACUUACAACUGUGGUUACGACAAACUCACCUACAACUGAACCUCCACUUCCAACUACUGCCUCUUCUACAGAAACGACACAAAUAACUGAACCUACAACUGUGGUUACGACAACCGCACCUACAACUGAACCUCCACUUCCAACUACUGGCUCUUCUACAGAAACGACACAAACAACUGAACCUACGACUGUGGUUACGACAAACUCACCAACAACUGACACUCCACUUCCAACUACUGCCUCUUCUACGGAAACGACACAAGCAACUGAAUCAACAACUGUGAAACGACACAAAUAA